AUGACUGAGUUUGUACACUAUCAACAACCUUUGCUGGAAAGAGAAUUGAUAGGAGUGAAGAAUGCAGGUGCUGUAGUAAGGAAUGAAAUUGUUGCUGAUUAUGAUCCAUACUGUCCAGCUUGGUUGAGAUUUGCUGAAUCAGAACCAAAGCUUGAGUCAAAGAGACAAGUGGCUCAACUCACAAGGUCGAAAUCACGUAAACAAAAGAAUCUGGAUGUCAAUUUACACCCAAAUAUAUCCUUACCUACGACGAAUCCCAAUUUCAACAACGUGCAAAGACUGUUGUCACAAAUAAACCAAAGUCUGAUGAAACGUAAGCCAGAAAAGUUGAAUUUGGAACCUCCCAAGUUUCCAUUAUCCGUAUAUGAGCGACAAAAAAAUGAAGGAUCGAAAUCACAAACUCCCAAGCCAAGUUUCAUGCCACCUCAACUACCAGGACCACCACUACCACCAAACAAUGUCUCAAUUCACAAAAAAGUGAAUUCCCCCAUGCGUGCAGAAUUCUUCAACAAUGAAAUGACAAGUGAUGUAAAGUUUCAAUACCAACAGCACAUUAUAGAGUUUCUUAACUAUACCAUUGGCAAAUACAAGCAGUUGGAAAAAUACUUGGAGACUAAUAAAUUGGAGUGGAAUGCCACUUCGGAAAAGAGUUUGGUGUUGUUGAACCUCAUACGGAUCAAAGAUGGAUUUAAGGAUAUAAUAUUGAGUAUAUUGAAACAAUUGAGUAAACAAUCGGGUAUAAUUGAUCAAAGAGAAGUGACUGAAAUGGAGCUAAUCAACUGUAAUGUGUUCCAAUUUGUCUACAAUUGCUCAAUAGAAACGGUAAAUUUUGGUGAUUUGAUUAAUAAUCUGGCUAUAUUUAACAACUUGUUCAAGUUUAGCUUAUUGAGUUAUUAUUUCAAGUUGGAUUUUGUCAUUGAAAAAGCUGUUCACCAUCGUGAUGCGUUGGCCAUUCCAAUGGGAGUUUGGUUUAAAUUGCCCACAUUUGUCAAAUCCAUCAAGGACCAGUUGGUGAAACUUAGCAAUCACAACAUCAAAAUGGGAAUUGACAAUGGAAUCAAGAGGAAUUAUCAAGACUUGGAAAUAUGCUUGGUGAAAUUGAACUCCGUGACUUCAAAAUUCGCCAUUGUUGACAAUCUAAAGAAGAAUUAUCCAAUAUUGAAAUGGACAGAUUUGAACAAAGUGGAUGAACUUUUGAAAGCAAAAGUCCCGGACUACUACCCACAACACCAUAUAAUGUAUGAGAAUGGGGUUGGUGGAAGUCACAAGUUGCAGUUUGAUGAUUUCACUAGUCGGCCAUUGAGUUCAGCUGUUGAUACCAAUGUCGUCAACGGGCUCCAUUCGAACUAUAAGUUAGAUGCUAAAGCAGCCAGAAGCAAAGUAAAACAAGCGGAGCCAGCACGAACAUUAUCAAGAGGAGUCUCUAUCAAACGAUCAUUGUCAUCGAUGGUAAAACGUAAUGUUUCCACAUCCGAAUCCAAUGACAAGAACAAGCCAAGCAAGUUGAAUGUGUUGAGUGACUUUUUUACACCACUGAUGGAUAAUCAACCAAAGCAACAAGUUUCACGAUCGCAAACAACCAAAUCAUCACGGUCUAAACUUCGUAGUGAAACAACACAGGUGACGACUCCACCAAGAAAAAAUCAAUCAUUACAUGAAAACAAGCAAGAUCUGAAUAUCGCAGAUGAAGAAAAGGAACUGCCAAGUCAGCAUCCGAGGUUAGCUACGCGUUCACCAAGCAAGAAGGACAUUUUACUCAUGCUCAAAAAUCGACCUUUGCCAUCUGAGCCAGAAGCUACUUCACCACAGCAACACCACAAGCACAAGCACAAGCAACAAGGAGAAGCAACAAUAACAACAACAAUAGCAAACUCACAAGUGCACAAUUACAUCAACUGUCUUGUUCAAUUGCGCAAAAAGUUGAAAGCACUAGGUCCACAGUUGAUUGAGUUUUUAGAGAUCCAGUUGAAAUACUGUCAAUUGUGGCAGAGAUUCCUCGAGGAUAAUUCUCCCACCACUGGCUAUCGCAUUCAGGACCCAUACAUCAAAUCAAUCUAUCAAUCAUUCCAUGAAAAACUCCUCCAUCAAAUAAAUUUCACUCAACAUACAAUUGUGCGUCACAUAAAUUCCAAAUUGAUAAUGCCUAUCGAUGAAUGUUUACAAUUGUAUCGUCGUUCUUCAGUGACUGACUUACUGUACAUUCACCAGUUUAUGGAAUUGAUUGUAUGCCAGUAUAAUAAAUUGUACUGCGAAUGGCUUGAAGGGUUAAUUGGUACCCAAUCGAUUGAAGAAUAUCAGCAGUUGUGUGAGCGCAUGAAAGGGUGUCCUGGUGUGAAAAGGGGAGAUGAUAUUGUUGAGUAUUAUGAGCAGUUGACCAAGUUGAAGAACUUGGUUGUGUAA